AUGGCUCUCUCCGUCUCCCUGGCACCUUAUGCCGACCCGCCCUGGCUCUCGCGCGACGUGAGCCCCUACUACACUGCGAGCCACCGGCGGCUCCAGGCCGAAGCGCGCGAAUACGUCUCGACGCACAUCACGCCGUUCUGCGAGGACUGGGAGCGACAGGGCUCUGUACCCCAGGAUGUCAUCCUCAACCACGCGCGGCUGGGAUACAUGGCCGUCUCGAUAUACCCGCUGGCCGUGGCGCAGAUCAAGGCCCUGGGCCAAAGACUGCCGGGAGAUGUCGACCCGGAGGAGUGGGAUGGAUUCCACGAUCUGAUCGUGAUCGACGAGGUUGCCAGGUGUGGCUACCUGGGCGUGAUCUGGGCGUUGAGUUGCGGGAAUUCGAUCGGCGCUCCGCCUCUCAUAAAUUUCGGAAGCGAGGAGCAGAAGGCGAAAUUCUUGCCGGACGUAAUAACGGGCAAGUCGCGAUUUUGUCUGGGUGUCACCGAGCCAGAUGCUGGGUCUGACGUAGCGGGUAUCACAACGACAGCCGAGCGUCGUGGCGAUGUGUUUCUCGUGAACGGCGCGAAGAAAUGGAUUACAAACGCCAUAUUCGCCGACUACUGCACCGCCGCGGUCCGGACAGGUGGACCAGGCCGCGGGGGAGUAUCUGCCCUGAUAAUACCGCUCAAGUCUCCCGGUGUGAAGUGCAGCAAAAUCGAAAACUCGGGUGUCAAUGCCAGCGGCUCGACAUAUAUCGAGUUUGACGAUGUUCAGGUGCCGGUGUCGAAUCUCCUGGGAGCAGAAAACCGUGGGUUCGAUAUCAUAAUGUCGAAUUUCAACCACGAGAGACUCUGGCUGGCAUGUACAUCUCUUCGCAUGGCGCGCGUCUGCAUCGAAGACGCCUAUGCGCAUGCACUCAGAAGAGAAACUUUCGGGAAGCCUCUGAUUGCGAACCAAGUGAUCUCGGCCAAGUUUGCGGACUUUGCUCGUGAUGUUGAACCGGUAUAUGCGUACCUGGAGUCAAUCGUGUACUUGACGGAGCAUGAGCGAAAGCGAAAGGCUCGAAGUCGCCUGGGUGACCCGGCUGCAUCUCGGGGAGACCUUAACAUUGGAGGAAUGAUCGCCACUUUGAAAACCAGCGCUGGAAGGGUCCUAGAGCGCGUCAACCGGGACGCGCAGCAAAUCAUGGGCGGAGCGGGCUAUUCCAGGACUGGGAAGGGUGCCAGGAUCGAGCAGAUCAGUCGAGAUGUCCGGGUCAUGGUGGUGGGUGGAGGUAGCGACGAGAUAUUGAGCGACCUCGCUGUCAAGCUGGAGACAAAGGAACUGCAAAGGUUAGCUCGUCUAUCGAGCAAGUUGUGA